UUUGAAGCACAGUUGUUUCCCUGUUCUUCUAAGGACGCUGGUGAGCCAUCCCCAGAUAAGAGCGAGUAUAUCACAACAAGGCAGCGUAGUUGUGCUUUUGUAAAUACUCCAUUACCAUGUAUUAACAAAGCUAUUCAUCACAUUCAAGAGUUAGAGGUAAAGUUGCAGAAAUGCUUUCAGCAGAAUAUGAAACAUGUACUCAAGAUAUCUUGGAACUACAAUGGCAUUUUGACUGUAAAAGCCGCCAGCUACAACAGGUAGAAAAUCAAGUGCUUAAGAUAGAAACAGCCAACAAAAAGUUUCAGGAGGAUGUAGACUUCAUGAAGAAACACAGCCCUCUGCUGGAGGAAAAGCUGAAGCGGGAAGGUGAAGCCCUGAACGAUGUGUUAGCGGCUUAUGAAAAGGCAUCAAAAAUAUAUAAUGACGUUCACUGCGAACUUGUGGAAAUCCAAAAUACAAUGAAAAGAAUUGAUGAAGAGGCUGAAAAGGAGAUAAAAUCUAUGUCUCAGAAAAUCAAAUAUGCGGAGAUGCUGUUUAGUCAAUACAAAUAGAAGAUUUGAAUAAUAAAAUAGCUGCCCAAG